UAAGCUUAGAAAAAGUAUGAAUCGAAAGCAAAGCUCAGUACGUGUUUAUGUUUUGCCGCGCUUUCAACAAUUUUCCGUGGAACACAAAAACAGUGGGUAACAUACAACGAGCGGACGAAAGUUUGACAAGUUGUUGUGGUGCGUGCGAAAAGCUAAUUGACGAACGAAAUUUAUGGGCCAUAUUGUAAAACUUUGGCUUUUUUAAAUAAAAACGGUCAUAUCGCGUUUGUGUCACAAAUUAAUUAUGUUUUUAAUACAAAUUUUGAAGACAAUGUUACAAAACAAAUGCCGUUUAUUACAUAAUAAUUGGAAUAUUUUGAUUUUGUUAAUUAUAUUACCGUGCGGUCUGUCACAUAAAGAAAACCAAGUAAAUUCCGAUGACAACUAUUACAUUCACCACCAGAAAUUACCAAAUCGAGUAAAAAAUUAUCUAAAUGAUGACGAUGUCGAUUCUAGUCAAAACGAUUUUCAUAAACUUUCCAAACAAUCGGAUGACAAAUUCAAUAACCAACCAAUAUUGCACAGUUUCGAUCGAAUCCAACAAAGGCAUCAAACACCACAUAUGUCCGACGAUAAACUCAUGAAUAGACAAUUAAGUCAUAAACAUUGGGGAAGUAAGCGAUCGCACAAGACUAGAAAUCCGAAGCACAAGUCGAACAGGUACAAACAUUACUCAAACAAUCGACAGUACAUCAACGGUAUCAUACACUAUCAUGAGGACAACGCACUCCAUAAUCAUCUGAAGUCCAAUGAGAAAGCAAAACAUUAUUCGCAUGGAGUGUAUACGUUGCACAAUGUUCAAAAAUUUGAAGACAAUUACGAACCGCCGUACGUCAAAAAGUUCAAUCGCAGAAACAAACAAUUGCUAAACCUAUUGGAGGGCAUACCGGCAUCCGACGAACAAAUGGCUAAACCGAAAAAACACGCAGCAAAGGUGGAUCAGAAGAAGAAUCAAUGGGUCGAAACGAAUUUAUUUGAAGAACAGCGACCGCAUCCAACGGCUCGAAAUUUAUCGACAUCGUCUGAAACGAGCGAUGGCAUAAACGACAUUCCCGGUGAAAACGAUUCAGAAACAAUUAACGAUGAUGCCGUCAGCAAAGAACAAAUCCAUAAAAAUCCUUCCAAAUCGGAGAGAUUUAAUUACCAUCGUGUCGCUUCACCCAAACUGGUUGGUUUUGGUAGUUUCGGAAUGUUGAGAAAGCAACAAUUACCGUUCGUCGCGAUCACCGAUAAGAGACUUAGCCAUUCAAAUAGCCGCUCCUAUUCGCAACAACCAAGCAAUUUAUCAAUGCCUUAAAUUAAUUAUUAAAUUUAUGUGUGAGUGUGUGUGUCAGUCAUAUCAAACUAUGUUAUAACAUUGAGUUUAAUUAAAUAAAAUACACCAGACACAAGCCAUAUAUAGAUCCAAAAACUAAUUAUUCGGUAGGAAUUUAUGUACAUUUUCAUUAAAGGAUAAGAACAGCAAAGAAAACAAACAGAGAAUCUAACUUAAUUGAAAAUAGAGAGAGAGAUUUUAACAAAACUUAAAAUUAUUCAGAGAUAGAGAAAGUAGUGUCGAAAUUAUAAAGGCAAAUAUACGCUUCAAAACAUACCGAAA